AUGUCGGAAACCGAAAAUCCAGCAGUGGUAGAAGCACUGGCGAAGAUGUUCCCGUCGGACGAUCCUCUCGAUUCUGUCGAUUUUGACGUUACUCAAUAUAUAAAUGCGAUGUUUCCUAAUGAGCAGAGCUUGAGUAACUUGGAUGAAGUGAUUUUAGAGUUGAGUGAAAGGAUAGAGCAUCAUGAAGGUGAAGUCUCAAAUCUCAUCCGCGAAGGCCACCAAGACGGAAAACAAUCCGCUCAAAUGCUCGACGAAGCCCAAGUCGACCUCCAAAAACUCGUCUCCUCAAUCAUGGAGAUCAAAACCAGAGCUGAAGAAUCGGAAAGAAUGGUCUCCGAAAUCACCCGUGACAUCAGACAACUCGACCAAGCCAAAAGAAAUCUCACCGCUUCGAUUACUACGUUGAACCAUUUACACAUCGUGCUUGAUGGAGUUGAAAAUUUGGAGAAAGCGACGACGGCAAGGGAUUAUGGCCUUGUCGCGACGCUUUUACCUGGUGUUUCGAACGUUAUUGAGCAUUUAGACGUUUACAAAGACUCCGUCGAGGAGAUUCAAAUCGUCACUCAGCGCAUGGCAAAAAUCCGCACCGAUCUCUCAACAUUCGUCACCAAGGACUUCUCUCAAGCCUUCGCCAUUUCGUCAAAAGAAAAGCUCGAUAUUCAAAAUGUCAAGUCGGCAUGUCAAGUCGCCGAUUGUCUUGAUGUUACAGUGAGGAAUGAAGUUAUUAGCAGUUUUAUUGUGUCGCGACUGUCCGAGUACAAGUUGCUAUUUGACUCGAGCCAGGAAGUGGCUUGGUUUGACAAGAUUGACAGGAGAUUUGCUUGGGCGAAAAAAGCGCUGAUGGACGUAGAAGGAAGAUUCGGAGAAAUCUUCCCCGCUUCAUGGGAGAUUUCGGAACGAGUAGCGGUUGCUUUUUGCAAAUUGACGGUAGAAAUGAUGUCGAGCGUUUUGGAACAAAGACAUCACGAACUCGACGUAAAACUUCUUCUCUUCGCGAUCCAGCGAUCGAGGAUGUUCGAAGAGCAACUUGCGAAGAGAUACAGUGGCAUUACAAUCACCGGCAAUCAAACGAAACCCGAGCAUGAGGGGCCGAAAGAAUCAACAAAUCCUUUUGAGAACGAUUUUGGAUCCGAAAGCGGUAGUCAAUCAGAACUCAGCGAAACGAAGCUCGACGAGAAACUAGCGAAGAAGGAGAGUCCCUUCUCUAGAAUGGUCACGUGCGCGUUUUCGAAUUAUUUGUCAAUCUACGUCAAUGCUCAAGACCGUUCGUUGAAGGAACUUGUGCAGCGAUUUGUUACUGAUUUUGCUAUAGAAUCUAGCCAGACUUGCGAAGUCCUCCCUAGCUGCGCUGAUCUGUUUGUUUACUACAAGAAAUGCUUGGUUCAAUGCAGCCAGUUGUCGACAGGAGAGCCACUUUUGAAUCUUUCCAAGAUCUUCGCCGCGCAUUUGAGAAACUACGGAAACAACGUACUUAUGAAUAAUUUACCAAUCAACACCAAAACUACCAACGCUGCUCAGUCAGCGUUAUCCCAAAUGACUGCGUUACUGAAAGAAGAGUCGGCGACGAGAUUAACGCGGCAUGAUUUGGCUCUGACUUGUCUCUUGCUCAACUCGGCGGAUUAUUGCAUAGACACGAUCUCAGCACUGGAAGAUAAGCUCAUUGAGAAGGCCAGUCCUGAGUUCAAAGAGAGAAUCGACUUCUCUCCCGAAAAAGACCUCUUUUCCGACGUCAUCAAAACCAGCAUCGGCCUCCUCGUUCAAGACACCGAAGGAGCUUGCGGACCCGCUUUCCAAGCUCUUUUGAAAACAAACUGGGCCGCCUUCCACAAUGUAGCUGAUCAAUCUGCUUAUGUAACUGCGAUUUUGAAGCAUCUGGAAGAGCAAAUUCCGUACAUAAGAGAUUUACUUGCAAAUGCGAGGAAAUAUUUUACUCAGUUCUGCAUCAAAUUUGCCAGCUCCUUCAUCGGCAGAUUUACAUCAACGCUGUUCAAAUGCAAGCCAAUCUCCACCAUCCCCGCGCAACAAUUACUUAUUGAUACACAAGUUCUUCAUUCCGCGCUGCUCAACUUGCCUUCCAUUGGUUCUUCAAUCACUCGCAAGCCGCCACUUUCCUACACAAAGACCGUGAGUUCAAAAAUGUGUCACGCAGAAAACAUCCUCAAAGUGGCAAUGAACGACCACAACGACCCAACGCAAUUCAUUCAAAAUUUCAAAACGCUUCUUCCUGACGGCGAUGCUGAUACGUUCAAGAGGAUUAUUGACAUGAAAGAUCUUCGGCGAUCCGAAGCGACUUCGCUGCUAGAAAAAUACAGAGGAAAUGUGACCACGGCAGAGGAUACGGAGCAAUACAGCUUGAGAAAACUAGAAAGACUUAUUAAAAAUCGCCUCUAA